AUGGUCAAGUGUACACACAAGGGUUGCGAAAAGGAAUUCAAGGAAGAAGAGAACGUAGACAAUGCUUGUCAAUAUCAUGCCGGUGCUCCCGUUUUCCAUGAAGGUUUAAAGGGCUGGUCUUGUUGUAAGAAGAGAGUUGACGAUUUUGAUGAGUUCCUCGCUAUUCCUGGCUGUACACAUGGUCGUCAUUCCACCGAAGUAGCUGCUUCUGCUGCCCCUGCUCCUAAGGCUGCUGCUACAGAAGUGAAAUCCGCUCCUACUGCUAGUCAUGUCACCAAAGAAGGUGUUGAGGUUUAUGGAAAAGCACCUGCACCACCUGUUGCUGUUGCUGCACCUGCUAAGGUUGAAGAAGCCAAACCUGAAGUGAUUGAAGAGGACGAUGAGACUGUUCCUGUACCUGCUGGUACUACUUGUAAGAGAAGAGGUUGUGGUCGUGUUUGGAAAGAUCAAGCUACUUCUCGUGGAAAUGGCGAAGAGGCUACAUGUACUUUCCACCCUGGAGCUCCCAUUUUCCAUGAAGGUUCAAAGGGCUGGAGCUGUUGUCCCCGUAAAGUUUUAGACUUUGAUGAAUUUUUAAAGAUUGAGGGUUGUAAAAAAGGAAAGCAUUUGUUUGUUGGUUCUUCAAGUGAGAGCGAGGAAUUAGUCGAUUGCCGUACGGAUUGGUACCAAACUCAGACCAACGUCAUUUUGAGUAUUUUCGCAAAGAACAAGGAGGAUACCAAGGUUACAUUCGGUAAACAAUCCGUCGAUGUCGACAUUAAAAUGAAGGGUAACAAGCGUUUUAAGAAGACAUUCCCUCUCUUUACCACAAUUGAUGUCGAAAACUCGAAAUUCACAGUUCUUUCAACAAAGAUCGAGAUCAAUUUAAAGAAGGAUAGUGGGAUUUCUUGGGCAUCCCUCGAGCCCAGUGAUGAUAUUAAGACUUGGACAACAUUUGGUGUUCUUGGUACUGGAGGAACUGUUGGAUCCAAGGAGAUGUAUUAUAACGCCGAUUCUCCAUUAAACUUUGUAAAGAAGUAA